AUGGGCUUCGAAAACAAGCGAGUAGCCAUCGUCGGUGGUGGCCUGGGAGGCAUGGCCUUCCUCAAUGCAGCACUAUACACCGGCCUGAAGAACGUCCAAUUAUACGAACAAGCGCCCCAAUUCGGCGAAGUCGGCGCCGGCGUCAACAUCACUUCCAACGCCAACCGCGUCCUGGACGCUUUCGGCCUACAAGAGAGCAUGACCCGCAAGUCAUCCCGCCAGCUCCCCUGCUACAUGGAGUACCACAACUACAAGACGGGCGACUACGUGGGCCACAUUGGAGAAUUCUCCAAACCCCCAGCUCGCCUCCUGCACCGCGCCCAUCUGCUCGACUCGCUGAAGGAACGUGUCCCCGAAUCAAGCCUGAACCUGGGCAAGCACCUAGCAUCCGUGGACCGCAACACCACUGCCGGCUCAGCCCCGUACACCCUGCGGUUCCAGGAUGGCAGCUCAGCUGAUGCAGAUAUUGUAAUCGGCUGCGACGGAAUCAAGUCGAAUGUGCGCCGGGAUAUGGGACUGGGCGAUGACCCCAACUAUUCGGGCCAGGUUGUGUACCGUGGUUUCGUCGACUAUAAGGAUCUGCCCGUUGAGACGGAGCAGCUGCUUCGCAAGACUGUCAACUUCCGUGGUCCUAAACGCCAUGUCUUGAUCUUGCCUAUUGGUAACAAGGAGACACAAACCGACCGUGCUGCUGUUAUUGGUUUCAUGUCUGAGCCUAUCGAGGCUUGGGAUACAGAGGGUUGGAUGGCUCGUUCUGAUAUCGAUAGUUUGCAUGAGCAUGUGCGUGAAUGGUGUCCGGCGGUGCAGGAUAUUAUUGCUGGUUUGCGGAAGGGCUCGCCGGAUGGCAAGAUGCUUAAGCAGGCUUUGUAUGUGCGUGACCCGAUUGAUAAGUGGUACGAAAUGAAGGAAGGUGGUCAGAAGGAUGCUGGUAUCAUUCUGCUGGGUGAUUCUGUUCACUCGACACUUCCUCACCAAGGCCAAGGAACUUGCAUGGCUAUUGAGUCUGGUAUCGCCCUAGCUACCGUCCUCCGCCACUGGAAGACGGACAGCCUCGAGGAUGCGUUCAAGUUCUACCAGGACCUGCGUAAGCCUCGGACGGACCGUGUUACCCAGACUAGCUACGAGGCUGGCAAGCUGGCUAGCUCAGACUCGCCUGAUCAGAUGGACAAGAGUUUCAACCCUGAUGCUUUGAUGGAACGUAUGAAGUGGAUUAUGGAGUACAAUGUUCUGGAAGACUUGCGCGUCAAGGGUGCCGAUUAUUUGGACUUCCAAGAUUCGCGACUGUGA